CGCCGGCCUUACCCUUGCCGCGGGGCCGUAAAGCGCGGAAGGUCGCGGGCCACUGCGGUCCCGGAACUUUCCGCUCCGCGUCCCGUCCCCUCCUCUCCCCAUGCCCGGUCCCCCUUUCCGGCCCGCGCCGACCCGCUUCAGCCGUUGUGCUGCCCUUCACUUCCGCCGGGCGUUGCUGAACGCGCUGCCCGCACUUGCGGGCCCCUGAGUUUGGUCUUUGGAUCUUCUCGGCUGAGUGAAACCGUAUCUCCUAGUUGGUCAUGCUUUACCGGCUGCUGUCGAUUGUCCAGAGACAGAGAGCUGGCCCAGGAUGGCAGACGUGGUCAUCAGCAAGAAGCAGCACGUCAGCUGCCGAGGCACAGUCCAUUGCCCUGCCUGCCCAGGCGCAGGUGGUCAUCUGUGGGGGCGGCAUCAUGGGUACAUCCGUGGCCUAUCACCUCUCCAAAAUGGGAUGGCAGGAUAUUAUCCUUCUGGAGCAGGGCAGGCUGGCUGCUGGCUCCACAAGGUUCUGUGCUGGCAUCCUAAGCACUGCUAGACAUUCAAGCAUUGAACAGAAGAUGGCAGACUAUUCAAACAAACUCUACCAUCAGUUAGAGCAAGAAACAGGGAUCCAAACAGGGUACUUAAGGACAGGCUCAAUCUGUCUGGCCCAAACUCAGGAUCGGUUGAUCUCUCUGAAGCGUAUCAACUCAAGGCUGAAUGUUGUAGGUAUCCCUUCCGAGAUCAUCUCCCCGAAGAAAGUGACUGAACUUCACCCUCUCCUCAAUGUGCAUGAUCUGGUGGGGGCCAUGCAUGUUCCUGAGGAUGCAGUCGUAUCCUCUGCUGACGUGGCUCUUGCCCUGGCAAGUGCUGCCUCCCAGAAUGGUGUUCAGAUUUAUGACCGGACGAGUGUUCUUCAUGUAUUGAUCAAGAAAGGUCAAGUUACUGGUGUGGAGACAGAUAAAGGACAGAUUGAAUGCCAGUAUUUUGUCAACUGUGCUGGUCAGUGGGCGUACGAGCUGGGUCUGUCCACCGAGGAGCCGGUUAGUAUCCCACUACACGCCUGUGAACACUUCUACCUUCUGACCCGUCCCUGGGACACCCCGCUGCAGAGCAACACACCAACUAUUGUGGAUGCUGAUGGAAGAAUUUACAUCAGGAACUGGCAGGGUGGCAUCUUGUCUGGAGGCUUUGAGAAGAACCCAAAACCUAUUUUCACCGAGGGCAAGAACCAGUUGGAAAUUCAGAACCUGAGGGAAGAUUGGGAUCACUUUGAGCCCCUGUUGAGUUCCCUCCUGCGUAGGAUGCCAGUAUUGGAGACUCUGGAGAUUUUGAAGUUGGUGAAUUGCCCUGAGACCUUCACACCAGACAUGAAGUGCAUCAUGGGCGAGUCUCCUGUAGUACAGGGCUACUUUGUCCUGGCAGGGAUGAACUCUGCUGGCCUGUCGUUGGGUGGAGGAGCUGGAAAGUUCCUUGCUGAAUGGAUGGUAUAUGGUUAUCCCUCUGAAAAUGUCUGGGAAUUGGAUUUGCAGCGCUUUGGAGCCCUCCAGAGCAGCCGCACCUUUCUGCGCCACCGGGUCAUGGAAGUCAUGCCUCUGAUGUACGAUCUGAAGGUUCCCCGUUGGGACUUCCAGACUGGGAGGCAGUUACGUACAUCUCCUCUUUAUGACCGGCUGGAUGCUCAAGGAGCCAGAUGGAUGGAGAAACAUGGAUUUGAGAGGCCAAAAUACUUUGUUCCACCCAAUAAUGACCUUCUUGCAUUGGAACAGAGCAAGACUUUCUACAAGCCAGACUGGUUUGACAUUGUGGAGUCAGAAGUCAAGUGCUGUAAGGAGGCUGUGUGUGUCAUUGACAUGUCUUCUUUCACAAAGUUUGAAAUAACUUCCACUGGGGAUCAGGCAUUAGAAAGUCUGCAGUAUGUUUUCUCCAAUGACCUGGAUGUGCCUGUAGGCCACAUUGUGCAUACGGGCAUGCUCAAUGAAUAUGGAGGGUAUGAAAACGAUUGCAGCAUUGCACGCCUGAACAAACGCAGUUUCUUCAUGAUCUCUCCAACUGACCAGCAGGUCCACUGUUGGGCCUGGCUUAACAAAUACAUGCCGAAAGAUAGCAACUUGUUACUGGAGGAUGUCACCUGGAAAUAUACAGCCCUCAAUCUGAUUGGCCCUCGGGCUGUGGAUGUGCUGUCUGAGUUGUCCUAUGCCCCUAUGACUCCAGACCACUUUCCAACUCUGUUUUGCAAGGAGAUGAGUGUGGGCUAUGCAAAUGGGAUCCGCGUGAUGAGUAUGACUCACACAGGAGAGCCAGGAUUCAUGCUGUACAUUCCCAUAGAGUAUGCUCUGCAUGUCUACAAUGAGGUGAUGAGCGUUGGACAGAAGUAUGGAAUCCGGAAUGCUGGGUAUUAUGCUCUUCGAAGUCUCCGAAUUGAGAAGUUUUUUGCCUUCUGGGGGCAAGACUUAAACACCCUCACCACUCCCCUGGAAUGUGGAGGGGAGUCUCGAGUGAAGUUAGAGAAGGGCAUAGAUUUCAUCGGUCGAGAUGCCCUGCUGCAGCAGAAGCAGAAUGGGGUAUAUAAGCGCCUUGCUAUGUUCAUCCUGGAUGACCACGACACAGACCUCGACCUGUGGCCUUGGUGGGGAGAACCCAUUUACCGGAAUGGGAAGUAUGCUGGCAAGACCACCAGUAGUGCCUAUAGCUACACUCUUGAGCGCCACGUAUGCCUGGGGUUUGUGCACAAUUUCUCUGAGGACAGUGGGGAAGAGCAGGUGGUGACAGCGGAUUUCAUCAACCGCGGAGAAUAUGAAAUUGACAUUGCAGGCCAUCGGUUUCAGGCGAAGGCCAAGCUGUACCCUGUCAUCUCCUUUUUCACUCACAAGCGUAGAAAGGAUGAUGUGGAGCUGAGUGACUUUCAUGGGAAGUAAUGCCAAGACAUUCUCCCUUCUCCCAUUCUCUCAUGAGGAGCAUUGUUCUGGGAGCUGCUGCUUCUGUCCCUGUCUCCUUACUGAAGGUUCUUUGUCCCUUCUCUUAACUUUUCAAUUUGACCUACUUUAAACGUUUUCCUUGAAA